UGUCCGAUAUGUUGACGGUGCAGCAGCCGCCGCAGUAAAUACGUGUCAGUCCCAACCUGCAGGAACCUGCUGAAGAUACUCCAUCACAUUCUAUCUCUUCAGAUCCACCUCGCACAAACACACACACACGGACACACACACACACACCCACACACACCCCUUGGAUGAUGGUGGACUUCACACUGGCUCAAGUGGGCAAGAAUCUGAGUGAAGCCAUGAGGCUUCUGGGAGAUGGACAGAGAGAGUUGGAGACAGGAACAGAAAUCCGACGUUUCAGCAGAACCAGCAUCCCUGGACCCCUGCAGGGAGAUGGUCAGGAUGUUGCCACUAUACUGCACAUAGUGCACAACCUCCUUCACGAAGAGGAAGAGAAUGAGGACAAGCCCUGCCGACAGAUGCAGAAUGUGGGUGAACAGGGUCACAUAGCGCUGCUGGGUCACAGCCUGGCAGCCUACAUCUCAGUGUUGGACAGAGAGCGACUGCGGAAGCUGACUACUCGGAUCCUGUCUGACACCACACUCUGGCUCUGCAGACUUUUCAGGUAUGAGAAUGGUUCAGCCUGCUUCCAUGAGGAUGACAGAGAUGGCCUAGUCAAAGUGUGUCGGCUGGUCAUCAAUGACCGCUAUGAAGAAUAUGCCUCUGAAGGUUAUGCAGUUCUCAAUUCCAAACAGCCCGUCAUCUACCAGAGUGCUUCCUGCAGGCCUGGUCUGGGACAGCACCUGUGCAGCCAGCUCGGCCUGCCUCUGUCCAGUUUGUGCACAGUCCCAUGCAACACCGUCUUUGGGUCCCAACACCAAAUGGAUGUUGCCCUGUUGGACAAACUCAUCAAAGAGGACAUAGAUGCUGGAAAGCUUCCUUUGCUGUUGAUUGCCAAUGCAGGCACCCCUGGGGCCGGCCACACAGACAAGCUGGGCCGUCUGAAGGACUUGUGUGACCCGUACAACAUGUGGCUUCAUGUGGAGGGGGUCAACCUGGCAACCCUGGCACUGGGUCAGGUCACGUCUGCUCUGAUGGCAGCUACCAGAAGUGACAGUAUGACACUGACACCAGGUCAGUGGCUGGGACUGCCUGCUAUAUCCGCUAUCACCCUCUACAGGCAUGAGGACCCAGCGCUGUCUUUGGCAGCAGGUUUGACCUCCAGCCAACCUGUGGAGAAGCUGCGAGCGCUGCCUCUCUGGCUCUCCCUGCAAUAUCUUGGUCACAAUGGAAUUGUCCAGAAGAUCAAGCACGCUACCACUCUGAGCCAGCAACUCCUGCAGAAACUUAAAUCUCUGGCUUCUAUCAAAACAUCGGGUGUGGUGUUGCAGAUCCCGCCCAUCUCCGGGGCUUCACUGCAGGACGUUCUGGGCUCUCUCAUGAUCUCUAUUGUGGAGGAUGAAAACAACUCUCCUGUGGUGUUGUUCAAGUUUUCCCAGGAAAUGAGUGCUGCAUCUAGUGGAGGUUCAGUGGAGGGUUACUGUGUCGGGGAGAAAGAGGUCCUCGAUACAUUCAACAGAUGGCUGGGUGAACAGUUAGCACAGUUGGUUCCCACCAGUGGAGUAGAUGUGGUUGAGCUUGACGACGAGGGUUUCUGUAUUCGCUUCAGUCCCCUCCUGACUGCUGCAGUCCUGGGGACCCAGCAGGAGGAUGUUGAGGAGCUGGUGGAGAAGCUGACUGAGCUUGUGCCUGUGAUGAGCUCCACUAUGAGCCUCAGACAGGACUUCAGAGAGGAGAGCCACCGGCACUCAGCCUCGCUCACAUACGUAGAGGAGAUCAGCUGGCCUGGCCUGGGAGCUGUGAGGUACGAACCACAGGCUGAAAGAAUGGAUGAGAGCAGGAGGAAGCAGGAGCUGGAAAAGAUAAACUCUGAGCUGCUGAAGAAGCUACAAGACCUUGACACGGACAUCAUCUUCUCCACUGGUCCUGAGUUUGGGGCGGAGGAGGACUGUAUCUUUGUGGGCAUGGUGACUGAGGACGUUGAUGUUUCAGAGCUAGUGGAUACCAUAGCUGCCCUAGGGAGGGACAUAGAGGAGAGUGGAAGGCUGUUAGAGAACAUGACAGAAGUGGUGAGGAAAGGCAUCCUGGAGGCAGAGCUGCAGCUGAUAAAGGCCAACGAGGAGAAACUCAUGGAAGAGGGGAUGCUGAGACAGCUUCCUCUGGUUGGCUCUGUUUUAAACUGGUUCUCUCCUGUUGGAAGCUCCAUACAGGGGAGGACCUUUAACCUGGCUGCAGGUUCCCUGGACUCCACAGAGAUGACUUACUCCACUAUGGCCCAGGCAGACAGGCCGUCCCAGCAGGACACUCCCAACUCCUCAUCAAAGAAAAUGCCAGGUCAGAGGUUAUUCCAGCGCUCAGGGGUGAGCUCUGACUCCUUAAGUGAGACCAGCUCCAUUGGACAAUCUGAUGAAAAGGCCCAGGAGGACAAUACCACUGCGAGCAGUAGCAUCCACCCUACCUUCUCUGCACAUGAACCAGAGAUGGACUCACUGCACACUGCAAGUGAUGCAUCACCAGAGAAAGUCCAGGAGUCAUGUGUGCACAUGCACACACAUGUGGAGCCUGGGGAGGCCUCAGAGGAGAGGCAGCCCGACGGCCAAGAGGAGGAGCGGAGCAGGAGAUAGAACGUCCCUCAAUGCAGGUGUUUUCCAGUCUUCCUCUAAAUGGUACCAGCCUAGGAGAUGUUUAAUAAAAAAAGCUUUAUUACUUUGUGAAUCUAACUCUUCCUGUUACCAAGUACAAACACUAGAUUGAGAAGAACUAGAUUGGGCUGCUUGUCUCAGUUGUAUGUUUCAGGUCCUAGAGGAUGUCAGAGUUAAUGGAUAAAUCCCCCCUGGAUAUACUGACAUAAUAUCCAGUGCAUUCUAUUUAUGUAGGGAUAGUGUUUUAAGAUGAUAUUCUUCUUCUGCCGGUGGCUUAGUGUGUUCUCCCACAUUUGAUUGAAUCCUUUUAAUCACUCCUAUAAAGGGACAUGGCCGUGUGGUUUUGCUUUUUGCAGUUAUGGGUCCACGGUGUAGUCUGUUGAGGUUUACUGCACCUGCUUCCUGGGUGAUCACUUUUCCCCAUGUGUGAUAGUUGCCUUUAUAUCCAUGUUUCAGGUUGACGGAAAAUGUUCUGUUAUCCUUUGUAGCUGGACUAAAAAUAUUUCCGAUGUGUCACGACUCAACUCUUUUCUUCUCUGAUUCCCUUUUAUUCAGGAAUCAAUGUUAACAGAGGGAAGUGUACAUGUUUCAGGGUGGAUUUUUCCGUUGAACCUUGGAUGGAGUAGAGUUCAUAGGGAAGUUCAGCUUGGUGUUGUGUUGCUCUUUGCACUGAUCACUAGGUUACUUGAUGACUUUCGGUCCCGUUGGAUUGUUGAGCAGAGUAAUUAGUCAUAAUGCACACUGAUUUUAGUUUAAUUUUUUUUUUCGAUCUUAAGAGAAAUCAGAAAACUUAAUAUUCAAUUCCCUUGAGCACUCAUCUGGAAUUAAAGCAGCUCAAAAGAAAUGAGUGUCACUGCAAUUACAGUGUUUAGAGUCCUCACUGUAAAUAAUAUACCAGCUAUAUAUAUAUACUUACAUACCUAACUAUUCAUCUACAAUCAAAUAAGUUAUGAUCAAAUCAAUCUGUUUAUGAGGAACAAAACAUCAUCUAUUUAAUCUAAAUGACGACUAACAGCCGUCAGCUGCUUCCAAACUCUCCCCUCAUGUGUGCCCUGCCCCACAACACGACAAUGAACUAUCAGAGGCACUACUUGGGAGAGAAGAAAUGUCCAAAUUCAGUCCAAAUUCUCUGAGAAGUCAGAACAUCUUUGUAAAUCAGAAUCAGAUUACACACCCAGAUUUUCAUUUGGAUGUGAAUGUUUUGUUGUUUUGCCAGUAAUGCUACCUGAGUAAAAUGUGGCCUUGUGCCAGAGAGGAGUAUUGCUUGGCAUGUAUUUACUGUAUGUGGAAGAUUUAUUUUUUGCCAAGAACAUCCUGACAGACAUGGGUCAAACCAGGUGUUGAGAUGUUUUUAAGUGCCACAUUAGAGGGCCAAACCAGUUUUCUCUUUUUCUCACAUUUUUGGAACAACUCAGUUGAUUAUGUUUGUCUUUGAAUUUCUCCCGUCCGACACUGAUGGCCCAUCUUUAGCUCUUGUUUGUAUAAUAUAAUAAAUCAUGGGCAGCACAGGCCGAUUGUGAGCAUGCUAUGUGCACUUUAUUAAUGUUUUUUAUAACAGAUUCUGUUCAAAAUGACUGUUGAUAACCUUUUCAUGUGUCUAUCACACCAGGAUAGGUUCACAGACAUUUUUCAGGUGAGAUCCUGAAGCCUGCUGUACACUGUGUGGUUUUGGCCAGUCCCAAAUGAACGUCAGUCAGUCAUAAGUGAAACAUGGUGGUUGGGAAUUCAAAUGGUCGUCCACUAAACCCUGAUUUGAGUUUCGAAACGAAAGACAGUGUAAUGAGCACAUCUACAAAGCAGCCAUUCAGAAUAUAGUAUGAAGUCAAACAUUAACGUUGAUACUUUUGUGUGUGACGGGCUCAGGUUACUUUUUAUUGGGCUGUAUAAUAAGAAACUGAUCAGAACCUGCAAAACAUGUGAAUGCCUGUAAACAACAGGAUCAAAGGGGGAUCAUUGUUGUUUUAUUUACCAUUUGUAAUUGAAUGGGGGUGAAUGAGUCUAAUUAGUUGAUGCCUGAACGUAAAAUAUGUGAUGUUUCAGAAUGAAAGCUAAAACACUUAUCAGGUCUAAGUGGAAUAUUUACUGGAAGGAACACAGUGGCGAUGAAAAUUAUAAAAGAUUUCAGCUUUAUUGCACUUGCCCUGUCAACUUUACUACUGUUCUUAUUUAAUUUCUUAUAUGGUGUAAAUGAAGCAAAGUCUAUUAUUUGAUGAUUUUUGUCUUUUAUCAUAAUGAAAAACAUUAAGUUCCAAACCUUUGAAGAUGUAGAUAUUGAUGAAGAACUUUUGAUUUGAUAUGAAAUGUCCUGGACCGUUCUGCUUCUGUCUGAAUUAAUUCAUAACAUCAGUGUAAAUUCUGUCUGUCAACAGAUUAAAUUCUAAGUUUUCUAAUCUUA